UUCCAUUUGGGCCACUUUUUUACUACAAAACAAUUUAUCAAUCAUCAUCGUCUUUACAAUCAAAUCCUACGACCAAUAGUCACUGCUUUCAUAUCACAUCAUUUCAACUUGCCUACACCCUAUUCCUCCACUCUCCCUCUCUUCCAUUAAUACUAGGUCUAACGCUUGCCUAAUCUCUCUUUCCUUCUCUUCUUAAUAUCCCAACCGAGAUUUAUUCUCUCUUUGUUCUUUUUUUAAUUUCAGACAAAUCAUUCUCUCUUUAAAUCCUCGCUCUGGCCUGUGUUGGUGUUCUAAUCUUUGAUUUGUUAAAAAAAAAAAAUAGAAAUGAACGCCAAAGACAUGGGAAGGAUGGAGGAGAGAGGAUUUGAUUCAGUGGUUUGCCCUAAGCCUCGUCGUUUAGGCCUUUUCAAUUCUUCAGCUGAUCAUACCCGAAUCUUUAGAUGGCCUAACAAUAGCUGUUAUCAGACAGAGAUAAUUGAUUCGAAAGCCGGAACAGAGCUUCUUGAUUUAAUUCUCAAGGAGGGGUAUGGGGCUGAGAAACCCAGCAAUCAGGUGGCUUCAUCGCCUCCAUUUUACUGUGGAUCACCACCAAACAGGGCUUCAAAUCCUGUAAUCCAAGAUGCCCAGUUCAACAACGAGAAGCUGCUGCCUCCACUAUCAUCCCCGGCAGCAGCACCUUCACCCUCACCACCCUCACGCAUAGCUGGCGGAGGAUGCGUGAGGAUGAAAUUUGGGCAUAAGCCAGCUGCUGUCCGAAUUGAGGGAUUCGAUUGCCUCAGCAGAGAUGGCCGCAAUUGCAGCAUAUCCGCCGUGGCUUAAAACAAUGGAAACCCUCAAUUCUGAAAAAUAACCAAGUAGGGUAUUUGAUUUUGUAACAAUAUUUUGACAGAGAGAAAAGAGGGAGAUCAGUUAAAAUUACAAGCAGUAUAGUGUGCUAGUAUGGGAGUUUGUAUAUACAGUUUAAUGAGUUGGGAUUUCCUUGAACUCUCACAAUAUUUCAGUUGUAAUGAAAGGUGAAGACUGAUGAGAGCUAGCUGGAAGAACAAGUUCAUUUUCAAGAAUAAAAAUUCCAAGGAGAGGAGGAGAAGAAAAUUUCUUUCUCCUUCUGGUUUAUUUUUAAAAAUUUUUAAGUUCAUGUUGUUGUUGAUAAAGGAGACUUUUCUUUUUGUAAUAUUUUUCUGUUUGAUUACUCUGAUCCUUCGUUUGGAAUUGUAAUUUGUACGAAAACUCAGAAUUAUUAAUCCAUCCCAUGAAAAGUUUCAUUUUCUUUUUCUUUAGUUGUGGGUUAUUUUCAAUG